AUGAGAAGAAACCACCUGGUUCGAGCACUUAGCAGGGCCCGAACCCGAACUCAGUUGGUCCGUUCCCUCUCCACCUCAACCGUGGAGCUGAAAAAUGUGACCAAAUCAAACUUCGAGCCGGCGCUUGCCGAGCUGCGCCGCCACGUCAGUCAAGCCGACUUCGUGUCGAUCGACUUGGAGAUGACGGGGGUGACCAGCGCGCCGUGGCGUGAGGCAUUCGAGUUCGACCGGCACGAUGUCCAAUACCUGAAGAUCAAGGACUCCGCCGAGAAAUUCGCCGUCGUUCAGUUCGGCGUCUGCCCUUUCCGGUGGGACUCGCAUAGUCACUCCUUUGUUUCCCAUCCGCACAAUUUUUACAUAUUUCCGCGACAGGAAUUGUCAGGCGAUGGAUCAUCGAAUGAGUUCCUGUGCCAGACAAGCUCGUUGGAGUUCUUGGCAAAAUACCAGUUUGAUUUCAAUUCGUGCAUUUAUAAAGGUGUAUCUUAUCUAUCCAGAAGCCAAGAGGAGGAAGCAUUGAGACAGUUAGACUCAGUAUACAAGGAUGAAUUACAUGAACCAUCCUCUAACGUGAGCCACGACACAAAGUUUGUUAGAAUGGCAGAUACUCUAUUUUCUGAGAGAAUGAAGAAUGUAAUCAGUGAGUGGCGUUCAGAAUUAUUAGGGGAGACAAAUAGGGGAUCGAUAUUUAAGGGUAACUCGGAUGACAAAAACCAGAAAUUUCAGAGUACUUUCUUUAAGAUGCGCCCUGCUCUUGUAGUGAAUGGCAUGACAUAUCGCCAACUGAGAUUGAUUAAGAUGGUCACGGAGAAGCAUUUCAGUGAUCUCACUUAUGUUAAUGUGGCUGGUGAAACUUCUGGUUCACAACCACUGGUAGUCUACACUGAUUCUACAACAGACAGGGAUGUACUAAUGGUGAGUCUAUGUGAAAGCCCUAAAAUAGAGGCAUCUAUUGUUCUUCCUUCUCCUUUAUCAUAG